AUGGGUGCCUACACGGGCUUCGACAUGGUCCCACGCCUGUCAGGAGAGCUGGUAGACAAACACAAUUGGGAAAGAUUCUUGAACCACAUCAGAGAGCGUUACCAAAACGACGAUCAAGUCGAAGUGGAGCCUAACUACAUUGCAUUUAAGUCCGACCCAAGCCUGCUGCUUCCAUUUGAAUGUCGCAAGUUCCUGCGUUUUGGCGCAAUGAUCCCGAAUGAGGACUCCGGUGGAUUGAGGAACUACAUCUAUACUGUCAGCAUGAUAGCCGGUGCCUGGUUCGGAUCGAGGGCUUAUUACUGGGAUGAGGGCUCAGGGGUACCGAGUCACUAUAGCUGGGAUGAUGUGAAACGAUCGAUCAGAUCCUACGAGCAGUUCGACGAACCGAUCGUACCUACCACCGUAGCCCAACAUGUGCUCGGUACCGAUCCAAUCAGUGAGCUCAAUCUGCCACCAUACGAAGUACAACUAGUGCCGGGGAAGGGACAAGGUCUCGUGGCGCGCUUCAACAUUGGGAAAGGCCAAUUGAUUAUUUCAGAGAAGCCAUUAUUCACAACCUCGAACGUUACAAGUGCAAUCACGACGGAAAAACAAAUUGCAACAGAGCUGCGAAAGCUACAGAAGGAUGCUCAACGCCAGUUUCUUUCCUUGCACAACAAUUUCCCUGGAAAGCAGCCGUUCAGUGGCAUUGUCCGAACAAACGCCCUACCAUGCGGCCCUGAAUCUCGGAUUGGAGGCAUUUAUCCUACCAUCUCGCGGAUCAACCACAGCUGUCUGCCUAACGCACACAACAGCUGGGAUGGUGCUUCGGGACACGAAAAUAUCUAUGCGGUUCGAUUGAUCGAAGCGGGAGAAGAGAUCACUAUCCCUUACGACCAUGGGGGCCCCUCAGAUGAGCGACGCCGUCAUUUGAAGAAAGCAUUCGGCUUCGAUUGCGAUUGCAGCAUUUGCUCAAGACAACCCGAUGAACUGCAACAGAGUGAUGAACGCCGCCGUGAGAUUAAACGCCUCGACUCCGAGAUCGGUAAUGCGCUCCGGGUGCUGCAAAGCCCCAAGGACUGCCUCAAAGACUGCCAGGCCCUGCUCCAAAUUCUCGAGAAAGAGUUUGAAGGUAGUCCAGGUGCCCAUCUUACAAGGCUUUACUAUGAUGCUUUCCAGAUUAGCAUCGUGCACGGCGACCAGGCGCGGGCUAGGGCUUUUGCAGAGCGGUCACAUAGAGCAAGGGUGGCUGCGGAAGGGGAGAACAACCCGGAGGCGAGAAGGAUUCAGAGACUGGUGGAAGAUCCAACAAGACAUGACAGUUUUGGAUUGUCAAUGAAAUGGAAGAGUUUGAAGAACCAGGUGCCUCGGGGGCUAGGCUCAAAUGAGUUUGAGAAGUGGUUGUGGAGUCAGGGCAAAUAG